AGGGCACCUGUGUCAUUUCCGGCGUCUGUCGUUCUCGCGCGGCCCACCGGUGAUGGCCCACGGCCCGCGAGAGGGGAGGAGGAGAGCAAUAAGCAAGCACCACAUCGCCACCACUUGAAUUACCGCACACGGCUCCGCUGCUUCGCGACUCCUCUCCGGCUCUCCGCACAGGACUCCAACCGCCUCGCCGUUGCAUCGCCGCGGGCGUCAACCUAGGCUGCUGCCGGUACCGGUGCGUCCCCAGCCAUGGCUCGGCCGCCGCAGGAGGCGAUCGACACCUUCGUCAGCAUCACCGGCGCCGACGAGGUCACCGCAGUCCGCGUGCUCGAGCACCAGAAUCAAUCAGAAUCCUGUGCCUGCCACUGCCAGUUAUGAUGACAUGAUGGAGCUGGAUGAACCACUUGAUCCCAUGUUCAACAGACCUUUGUUCCCUAGAACUUUGGGCAACCCUUUUGCCCUUUUGGAUCCAGGUUUUGCUGACAUAACUGCUGGUGAUAUAUUUGGACGUGGACCCCGAGUUACACAACCUAGGGACGUGAGGCAGAUACCUAUUGAAGUUAAGGACAGCAAUACUCAAACAGGCAGUUCUGGUCAGGGUCCCAUUAUUGAGGAUGUUACUGGACGUGAAUCUUUCUAUGGUCCAGAGGUCCAUGGGACCGUUAUAGUUGACGAAGAUGAUGAAGACUUGCCAUUAACACUAUCUGCUCAGGAUCCUAAGAUCCCAAGCAGUGCUUUGCACCCAAACCAUUUCAUGCCUAGUGCGCCUCCAGUGGUUGAUGUUAGUGACCAUAACAAUGAUAUAGAAGAGGAGAUGAUUAAGGCAGCAAUUGAAGCUUCAAAAAGGGAAGCUGACGGGAUGAAAAAUGUUCUAAGUAGUGGUCAAUCUGAAAACAUGUCACGUGGCAGAGGUGAUCAUGAGCUUGCUCGGGCGGUUUCUUUGUCCUUGGAGACAGCAGAGCGAGAGAGAGCUCUGCGCCAAGAGGGAAUGUAUGUAGCAGAUCACUCUCCUGACUUAUCUGAUAAAGAAGGCGGUCAAGGAGGAAGUGGGAUAAGCGAAAGGCGAGGACUAACUACAGGAGAAGUGGGAACUUCUGAGCAAACAGUAGAUGAAGAGAACUUCCAAGAGGACAAUGAAGAUGGUGAAGAACAACCUUUAGUUAGGACUCGUUCUAGGCGACUUCGAGGCAGAACUAUUGAGCCAGCAGAAACUGUUCAAAGGGCUGACAGCCCGCCCUCAAGUCCCCAACCUCAUGUUCAAAUUGGUCAUCAGCGUAAUGUGGGGUUUCCUUCAGUAGAGUGGGGUGGUAUUUCUUCUGAAGAGCGUGAUGAAGCUCUUAUGCUUGAGGCUGCAAUGUUUGGUGGGAUUCCUGAAGGAGCACCAUAUCCAUUUUCCUUCCCAGCCCAUGGCAGGUCGACUCACUAUCCCCUAGUAGCACGUCCUCCAUCACCAUCAUUAACGGCACAGCGGUUGUUAAGGGAGCAGCAGGAUGAUGAGUAUCUUGCUGCUCUCCAAGCUGAUCGAGAAAAAGAGUUGAAGGCUGUGCAGGAGGCUGAACUUCGCAGGGUAGAGGAAGCUGCAGCAAGAGAGGCUGCUCUUGAACGUCAAAAGAAAGAAGAGGAGGAGAAGCUAAAGAAACAACGUGAGGAAGAGGAGUUGGAAUCCAAGCUUGCAGCCAAACAAGCAUCACUACCUAAGGAGCCACUACAAAAUGACGAGGGGGCUGUCACAGUGGUAGUCCGCAUGCCUGAUGGUAGUCGUCGAGGACGGCGCUUUCUCAAAUCUGACAGGCUUCAGUAUCUUUUUGAUUUCAUAGACAUCAGCCGGACUUUCAAACCAGGAACUUAUAGACUGGCGAGGUCUUAUCCCAGGCGUGCCUUCACUGAAUUGGAGAGCCAGAUGUCACUGAGCGAUCUCGGUCUCACUAGCAAGCAGGAAGCUCUGUUCCUAGAAAAACUGUCUGCGUAGAGUACAAGGUUCUGGAGUUAUGGUCGAGUAGUAUAUGCACUUAUAAAAUCGGUCAUUUAGAUCGUGCCUGGCGUGUGUUCAUGAAAAUACUGCAGCGGUUGAAUGAUUACUGAUCUCUAGAGAUCCCGUCGCCAUCUUCUGUGCUCUGAAACGGAGGUGUUUCGAUCUGACUGUGCAGAUGGGCAGUUCUACAUUCAGAUUUCAGAACAACUGUAGCUCUUGCGGUUUUAAGACUUGAGUAUGGUUUACUUUGGAGAUAGUGGUUUAGACCAUCCGUGUUGGUCUCCUGAGCGGUAUUCUUACGUGAUCACGUGUCAAAACGAACAGAAUCCUUUGUUGCAGUCAUUAUAGUUAACCGUCUCGCUGGAACUCGCAA